AUGGUGUUACCUUUUUCUCGGAAAGCACUUAUAGCUUUGAGAGGGCUGAUUCGAUUACAAGUUCUGGUUAGAGGCUAUCUUGUAAGAAAGAGGGCUAUCGCAACUUUGCACAGUAUGCAUGCUCUUCUAAGAGCACAAACAUCAGUUCGUUCUCAGCGGAUUCGUCGCUCCUUCAACAAGGAGAACUUGUAUUGUCUCGAAAACAGGAACGAACGAUUUGAUGAACCAAGAAGUGAAAUUCACAGCAAUAGACUGUUUGCAUCAAUGGAAACCAAUGCAUGUGAUGACAGCCCCAAAAUUGUCGAAGUCGAUACAUUGAAGACAAGAUCAAGGUCGCGUAGGUUCAACCUCAAUGCAUUAUCAAAAUGCGGGGAUGAAUUGCCAUACCAGACAACAUCAUCGCUUCUUCCGUGUGCUGUUCGAUCAUCCACACCAAAUCACAAAAAUGUUCAUGAUUUCGAAUGGCGUUCCGCUGACAAGGAAUUUAAGUUUUCUACUGCUCAGACCACUCCUCGUUUCGGUAAUACCACUGGAAUUUCAACGCUUGGAAAGGAGAGGAGGUUAAGAAAGCGCUCGGAAAGCAUGCACCGAAAGCUAGCUCGAUAA